UUUCAGGUAGCUGUACGUGUACAGACGCGAUUGCCCUCCCCUGUCGUUCCGGUGACUUGUAAACAUGUACGUUUAGAUACGGUGUAUCAUACUUUAUAGAUAAAACUUGACCCAUUACUCCUCGUUUCGUGAUAGUUAAGAUUUCGACGUCGGCCCUGAAAAUGGAGCUCGAAAGCAGACCCAAGAAGAGAUCCAAUUGCGAUGAUGAAAACACUUGCUCAGAGGGAUCAGAGGAUGAUGACUAUGUUCCAUAUGUCCCUGUCAAAAUAAGAAAGCAAGAUAUGCUGCAGAAGAUGAUGCGCCUGCGAGGGAAGGCAGUGGAGGAGGAGCAGAAGGACAGCGGAGGAGAGCAGAGAGAUGAGGAUGAGGGCCUGGGUCCACGCUCAAACAUCAGUCUCCUUGACCAGCAUCAGCACCUCAAAGAGAAAGCAGAGGCCCGUAAAGAGUCAGCCAAGGAGAAACAGCUGAAAGAGGAAGAGAAGAUUCUUGAGAGUGUUGCUGAGGGCAGAGCUCUAAUGUCUGUGAAGGAAAUGGCCAAAGGUAUCAUAUAUGAUGACCCAAUAAAAACUAGCUGGAAGGCUCCACGCUACAUCCUGAAUAUGCCUGAUGCGAGACAUGAGCGUGUGAGGAAGAAAUUUCACAUCUUGGUGGACGGAGACCCAGUCCCACCCCCAAUCAAAAGUUUCAGGGAGAUGAAGUUUCCACCAGCAAUCCUGAAAGGUUUGAAAAAAAAGGGCAUUGUGCACCCAACACCUAUUCAAAUUCAAGGAAUCCCUACAAUUCUCUCAGGUCGGGACAUGAUUGGCAUUGCCUUCACUGGUUCAGGAAAGACGCUGGUCUUCACUCUUCCCAUUAUCAUGUUCUCUUUGGAGCAGGAGAAAAGACUACCUUUCUGUAAGAGAGAGGGACCGUAUGGACUCAUCAUCUGUCCAUCACGAGAGUUGGCAAGGCAAACCCACAGCAUUAUUGAGUAUUACUGCAAGCUGCUGGAAGAUGAGGGGGCUCCCCAGCUGCGCUCUGCCCUCUGCAUAGGAGGAAUGUCUGUCAAGGAGCAGAUGGAGGUGGUAAAACAGGGGGUCCACAUGAUGGUUGCCACCCCUGGCAGACUGAUGGACUUGCUGCAGAAGAAGAUGGUGAGUCUGGACAUUUGCCGCUACCUGGCUCUGGACGAGGCCGAUAGAAUGAUUGACAUGGGUUUUGAGGAGGACAUCCGAACCAUCUUCUCGUACUUCAAGGGCCAGAGACAAACACUGCUUUUCAGUGCUACUAUGCCCAAGAAGAUCCAGAAUUUUGCUAAGAGUGCUCUGGUCAAACCCAUCACUAUAAAUGUUGGCAGGGCCGGUGCUGCCAGCUUGGAUGUCAUUCAAGAAGUGGAAUACGUCAAGGAGGAGGCCAAGAUGGUGUACCUGCUAGAGUGCCUCCAAAAAACACCACCUCCUGUGCUGAUGUUUGCUGAAAAGAAAGCAGAUGUUGAUGCCAUACAUGAGUAUCUACUGCUAAAAGGAGUUGAGGCUGUCGCUAUUCAUGGUGGCAAGGAUCAGGAAGAAAGAACUAAAGCCAUUGAAGCAUUCAAAGAAGGAAAGAAAGACGUUCUAGUUGCCACAGACGUUGCCUCGAAGGGUCUGGAUUUCCCAGCUAUACAGCAUGUGGUGAAUUACGACAUGCCUGAGGAGAUAGAAAACUAUGUCCAUAGAAUUGGAAGAACAGGACGAUCGGGGAAGACUGGUAUUGCCACAACCUUCAUCAAUAAAGGCUGCGAUGAGUCAGUACUAAUGGAUCUGAAAGCCCUGCUCAUUGAAGCCAAGCAAAAGGUUCCACCUGUCCUCCAGGUGCUCCACACUGGAGAUGAAACCAUGCUGGACAUUGGAGGGGAGAGAGGCUGUACGUUUUGUGGUGGUCUGGGCCAUCGUAUUACAGACUGUCCCAAGCUGGAGGCCAUGCAGACAAAACAGGUCACAAACAUUGGCCGCAAAGACUACCUGGCUCAUAGUUCCAUGGACUUCUAGGCACACUUGUUACGCUGGAUGCUGGACUGAAUUGUGAAACAUCUGAUUUUUUUAAAAGAAUGGUCGCUAUUGGACUCAUGCCCUGUAAAAAAAGGAAGUAUAUUUUUAUUACUGUGAAACAGCUCAAAUAACGAAGGCUUCCCUUGGUGCAGCUUGAACGUCUUUUUAUUUGGUCCUAUGUUUCCCAUACCUUUUCUAGAUAUGUUUCGUGUGUAAAAUAGUUUUACAAGCAUCUUAUUGUAAAUAAAACUACACCCUUUUGUCUUUGUUUUGCCUACUUAAGUGGACAUUUUUAAGUGUAUUUAGCUUUUGUUGGUUGAUGAAUCAGGUGUAAAAAUUCAAGAAUUUUUUUUUUCGCAAUCUGAAACUUAAACAACUUUUACAACACUAGUUCUUCGGUUGAUCAAAGUUACCUUGCCUCCUAGUAGUUUUCCACAAAACUAGAAAACAACACAUCUUUCUCUGAUGACACAAAACAGUUACUACUGGCUGAAAAGCGUACAUCAGGCCAAACUUCUUGCAUAGCAUAUUGAGCAUGACUCAAAAGAAGAGCUGGCAUAGACUGAAAAGAGAUGAUGUUGCAGAGGAGGAGAGUGGAAGAAACGAUCAACAAUGUUUUCAGAGAGGAUGCUCAACCUACGGUGAGUCAACAUUGGAAAGGUUUAUUUUUGCAGUCUUGUGCUUGAUACGGCAAAAUUGCGUAAUGUAAAAAAUAAAUCUUUCUUGCUAC